GCGGUAUCCCGUUACUCUUGAAAUGGAGAAAGGGAAGAGGAGGUGGAUUGUGAAUAUUUCCCACUGGAACCCUUCAGACGAUCACUUCUUGUCUCUCGUCUCUUUCCUUCCAUCGCAUGAGCGUUCUGCCGUCAACAGGACUUAUUAGGUUCAGCAGAACCGGCUCUAUACUGUAGCACAAAGCGAAACCGAGUGCAAAAACACGAUCAGAGCAGUUGCCGCGGGCGUAUAUACGUCCAUUCGACGAUUUUUUUCACUAUUUUAAUGGAUAAACGCGAGAGGGAGUGAAAAAGAGCAACUCAUCACGUGAGAAAUAUCCGUUUCAUUCAUUCCUGUUGAAGAAAACAAGAGAGAGGAGUGUUCUGUUGUGAGAGCCGGCUGAGAGGAAGAAGAAGAAAGUAUAAUUUAGUAUAAUCAAAAUGAAUAGAAGAGGUAAAAAUAUGUACUGCAGACGCGGCGCACCGGAAGAAAGGUAUACGGAUGAUGAAGAGGACAUAACCAGCAGAAAUUUGGGAAGAGAAGAAGUACCACCUGAAGUUAUUAUAAACACCAACACCUUCACCCAGAUGAUGACAAUUAUGACCCAGCUACUUCAGGAAUCAAGAUCACAGUUUGAUGUUGGAGCUGAUAAAUAUCUAAAGUUAUUUCAAGACAUGCGACCACCUCUAUUCAAAGGUAAUGAGGGACCAAUUGAGGCUGAGAAUUGGUUGCUUCGUAUAGAUGAUAUAUUUGAUAGCAUGUCGUGUCCUAAUGAGAGGAAAGUGUCACUCGUUUCUUUUGCCUUGGAUGAAGAAGCAAAAAGGUGGUGGAGAGGGCAACGUGAAGACGAGUUAGGAGAUAUUCCAAAUACAUUGGUUAACUGGGAAGACUUUGUGAAACUUUUCAGACAAUGGUUCGUUCCUAUGUCAGCAAGAAUACAAAUGCAGGACAAAUUUAUAAGUUUGAUUCAAGGAGACAAAUCAGUGAUGCAAUAUGAAGCAGAAUUUACAACACUAUCUAGAUAUGCACCACAACUGAUUGCAACAGCAGAAGAAAAAUAUUGUAGAUUUCUAUCCGGUCUAAAGGAUGCAAUUAGACAACCUUUAGUACCUUUUGGAAUCGAAGAUUAUUCAGUGUUGGUGGAAAGAGCUAGAAGGGUGGAGAUUGACUUUCAAAUCACUCAGAAGAGAAAGGACCAGUAUAAAAGGAAGAAUGUUGACGAAGAUAUCCAAAGUAAUCAGAAUGAAGAAUCAAAUGGGAAGAAGCCCAAGUUUAAUCCUAGUGGUGUUAGCAGUGCGACUGUCAGUAAAGUUAUGGAAGCUUGUGCCAAGUGUGGCAAAUUACACAAGGGUGAAUGUCUGAUGGGAUCCAACACUUGCUACUGGUGUCGUCAACCUGGACACUUUGCAAAAUAUUGUCCUAGGUUGGGUUAGAGGACUUCUGGUGAGAUGAAAUCAGGUGAAGCACCUUCAUAGAAGAAUUUUGGUAAACAGAAGAUGAUGGAACCGUCAUUUUUAUCUUCAGCACAAAAUCAAUCCAAUCAAUCCAUGCAGAAUGUUCGACCUUAAGUUUAUGCUUUGACUCAACAGUAGCUUAAUGAAUAUGUAGAUGUUAAUAAAGAUGAAUGAAAAGUCUUUAAUAUAAUAACUUGUUAUGCUAUGUUAGAUAUUUUGGGUUUAUCAGGUUAUCUUGUUAUGUAAUAUCAAAUGUUUAGUUUUAUAUAGUUAUGCAUCCAAUGCUGAAGUUUAUGUUGAAUAAAA